GAAACUGUCUCAAUUAUCCAACAGAUGAAGCGUAUAAGCCGACCAUUGAACAGAGUACAUUGGAAUUAGAAUAUUACCAUCAGGUUAAACAAAUGGUCAUAUAUAACAUGACUAUUGAUUCAGCAAUGAGUCCAAACAACGUGGAGACGUUUUGGACGAAUCGCAGGGAUGCCAACAGAAUACACUUCACUUUUCAGUCCAUAUUUAGUUCUGAUACGCUGUUUCUGCCGGACAAACCGAGUUACAUUGAUCAGUAUGAUCUAGGAAUUUCGGAGGCGGAUAUAAAAGCUCGUCUUACAAAUCUUGUAGGUGCAGAGAAAUACCAAAAAACUUUACCCUGUCCUGGAGUUGGCAACGACUACCCUAUACACGACAGACUCUACCGAUGCAAUGCCAACAUUAAUGAUUUCAACAUUCGAUUCGACUCCGGAGAUACAUACAAUGUUGUAUUCAGAGCAAAAAAUGGUGGGUUCCGAAUUCUCAGCCCUGGCGGAUCCAAACAGUACUAUGAAGGUCGGGUAAACACAAAGGAAGUUAAUAUAAAAUUUGACACAGAGACACCUGUACAUUGUUCUGAGUCUGGGAAUUGUCCUAGUUCUGAUGCCAAGAUGUUGCAUAUAGCCAAAGAUGUGACAAAGACGGAUAUUCAGCUCAGCUGGAAGGGAUGGCGGGAUGAACUCUCUAAAGUUGCACGAUACGCCCUAGAGGUUUUCAAGUUGGAACCAGACGGGUUAGGGAACCUCAAAGAGCCGUACACUGACUUAGUUCCAAAUCCUGUCCCCCUCAGUAUAACAGAAUUUAAUGAAACAACAGAGGGCGGAGAACACACGUUUACUUUCAGACCAUCACAGCCUGGUGUCUAUUCCUGGAUUUUGGAGGCGAAUGACCGAGCGAACAACUCUGCCUAUGCGCGGCGGUUCGUUAUUUAUGACCCAAUCUCCAUCGUGACGUCAGAUCCUACUCAUUUAAUGCACGCUACGUCUGGCAACCCAGAGGUAUACUACGAGUGGCAAAUUCAAAAACCCCAAACCGUCACUGUCACCUGGAAAAACUACUUUGCCAAUGUUCAACAUGAAAACGGGAAAUAUUUAAAUCGUAUUAAACUUUUCCCACCUUCUCUGAGCGAUGGAGGUGAUCGUGAUGGCUACAAGAGAAUACUCGAUUCACGUGAUGACACUGAAGGGACGAGAACCAGAGACGCCAUACCGAAUGAACGGGGAAUUAUAAAAUAUGACUUCGCUCACUUAUUCGGCAAGGAACAACAUAAUGCUCUCUCAUACCAAAAUAAAAGUCUUGAUGAAACGUCUAUCAGUAUAUCUUUAGACCAACAACUAUCCGAUGGACAGUCCCUGACUGUUUGGGUGAAAGCAUAUGAUAUACUUGAAAACACUAAAGUGGAACGAAUGGUCCUACAUUACGACUCUUCCCCUCCGUCCGCAAGCAGUCCUACGUUGCAGAAAAAUGUGGGUGUGGAUAAAAUGGAUUUUUCCAGCAGAAUUCAGAUCCUUGGUGCUACAGAUCCCCAUAGUGGUGUUAAGAAAAUCAAAUAUCGAUUCAUUGCCCGGAGCACUGGAGAACGCAUAAAUAACAGAGACUACGAAUAUAAAAAUCCUCAACGAGAUACAAACUAUUGUAACAUUAAUCCAUGUGAUGACAAUCUUCCCAAUGGAGACUCGCUCGGUAGAACCAUAACAUUUGACAUUAACAAUUGUCAUGCAAUGAAUGUCAGUGAUGUUUCAACAGAAAGAGUAGAUAUAAGAAUGGAUAUAUACAAUUCUGCAGGUCUAUCUAUAAGUAGAAGCGUUCAGAUUACGGAUCUUACUGACCUUCGAGGGGUCCACUCUUAUUUCGGACCUAUGAAUGUAACACUCGCAGACGUGAUAUCCCUGUCAAGUGUGAAGAUAAUGUGGGUACAAGCCUCAAGUUGCUACAACGUUCAGGGUAUCAACUUUACCUACUCGAAAGCAGGUGGUAAAGAUGAAAAGGCAUUCUGGGUUCAUAAAAAUAGUCAUUGGUUCACAAUGGCUCGGUUGGAAGCAGGAGUUGAGUAUGUUGUCAGGUUAUAUACCCUGUACGGUGAUAAUGAGAGGAAUCCCGUCCGUAGUGAAGCUUCUAUCUUUAAAUUCACAAUACCUGAAAAUGCCGCUGCAGCUGUCAUCGGAGGAACUGUUGGAAUGACCCUCUGGUUCUUUCUUUGUCUAUAUUCGAUCGUCUUGCCAAUCUAAUGCUUAUCAACCAAUCGGAACUUAUCUUACAAGCUACAUGGGAACUAAAGAUAUGUAGACCGAACAGACGCAACUUUGCAGAAAGCGGACUCAGAGGUAAAGUUGAAGAUAAUGAACAGUGAUUAAUCUCAUAACUCCAUUAAGUAAUACAAAAUAGAGAGUAGACAACUGGACAUACUAGAGGUGGGGCCAAGGGCCUCGGAGGACAUUGUGUAUGUUUAAAAGUAAAUGAUAGAGUAUCCAUUUCUCUUUUCUAUCAAGUUUAUGACAAAAUGCAAAUUCAGAACUGUUAUCAAAAUACUAUUAAUACACUUUGUUUUUAUGAGUAGAUUCAUAUCUUAUGUAAAUGCCAAAAUUCACACGCUUGACGUUUUACUUUUGGUUUGGCAUGCAGAGCGUUGUGAUUCAUUUUCAUGACCAAUAUAAUUUUAAAAUCUAAUACGGAUCAAGGAAGCAAUAAGAAAGUAAUGUUUAGCAACAUUUCUCAACGACUUGUUUUAUCACGGAAAAGUGAAAAUAACGAACAGUGAGCAAUUUCAUCAUUCCUCUAAAGAAUACAAAUUUAAGAGUAGGGUAAUCAUGGACCCCUCUGAAAUAUCAGAGCUGGGACUAGGUCCCUCGAAGGAUCCCCUGUUGGCCGAUGACACCUGUCAUAAGUCCUAUAUUUGGAUCAGGUAAACGGAGUAAUCGGUAGAGAAUAUUAAUAUGCAAGGAACGGCCUAACAAUUGGUAUGAAACACGUCAGACAACAUUCGACCUAAUAACAUGUUGUAUUUGGAAAAUAGAUUGUUAUAGUGACUAUAUUAUUUGUGUAAUCCUGACUUUAAACGACGCUGUUGAAACCCCUGUAACAUUUAUUUGUCGGUAACCUGCAUUGAUUUCAAAACUGAUCAUACGUAGAACAAGCUCUUGUGUAUCAAAUCAGUCGAGACAUUAACAUCAUAUAUCGGUGAUAAUGGAAUAUUUGUUUUAUAAGAAAUAUUAGAAAUUGACGAGGAAGAACCUGGAGUCACCCCGUUUCGCAUAAAGUUGAGUUGUUAGUUUAUCGUUAGCAACGAUAGUUCAUAAAAUAUCCAAGCAUUAAGCAGAUGUAGAAGACUGUCGUGUUUAUUACUUCGAGUUCACUGGGAUAUAUCGAAUUGACAUAUGAAUGAAAAUGAGUAGUGUUAAUAGCUAAAACGUUGUCGAUAUAUCUUAAUGUUGAGAUAUAUAAAAAUAUAGCACACACUUAUACAAACUAAUAAACUAAAUAAACAAUCAAACCAUGUCGAAAUUUUAGAAUUUAUUUUCACAACAACGGUUUCAGAUGAUAUAUAGAUAUCUACAACAAAGGUAUGAUUAAUAAAGACAUCCAAAUGUUCAAGACCAAUAUGUUAAUAGACAAUAUACUGACUCUGUUAUGUAAAUAUCUGAUAUUAAAAUCCGUUUUUGUGUGUGCGUGUAAUUGUGAGUGCGUGUGUGGGUGCGUGCACACAUGCGUGCGUGUGUGUGUGGACAGUGAAAAUGACCAUAUAAAGCACCAACGACACAAACAAUAUUGACUUAAAAUGUUCGGUACAACCAGUCCCUUCCUAAACACCCCCGAGGAAUGAAUGAUUACAUAAAUAAAUGUUACGAUGAACAAAGAAAAAUUACAACUAGCACCAUACCUACAAUAUCAAAGAAAACAAAAUAACUACGAAACACUGUAUUUGUUUUUAGUUUUCAUUAAUUGAGCGUGUACAAAGCUCAUCUCGCUGUAAAAUGUGACAUUACACCCUUCGUUCCAAAUAUAUUCCUACGACGGUAGUUUCUUCAAUUAUAUCUUUUGUACGAUAAUUUAUCAUUACGGUUAUUAAUUCAAAUUCUUAUAUUUCUUUUAAUUUCAAUCAAUUCCACUCUAAUUUUGGCCAAUCGUUUAUCACUUAGUUAAACAUCUUUCGGUUUACACAUCCGGGGUCUCGUAUUCUCAUUUCAAAGCCUUUCAAAUACUCUAUCUCCGAAGGAAGAUUUAUCAACUAAAGCCAAAACUGAUAUUAAGACAUAAAAAAAUACAGGUUAGUAGGGAUAUGAAAAAGCUGACAGUACACAGCUGUGGAUGAAUAGAUAGAGAAAUGGGGUGCCUCCGUGGACGAGUGGUUGGAUCAUUGCGCUCAAAUUCACAGGGCCUCUCACCUCUGGUCGGCGCGGGUUAGAAUCUCGCUCGUGUCGGUUAAUGAGAAAGUUUCCCAGUUUACUUUCAAAAGGUCGGUGGUCUCUCCCAGGUACAUUUUAUCAGAUAAUUGAAAAAUUGUUGAGUGUGGCGGAAAACAUCGAUCAAUGAAUCAAUCGACAGAUCAAUGUAAAAAAAAAACCAUGACAAACAGUUUCAUUAAAUCCUAUAGAUAUUAUAAAGAAUACAAAAGAGAAGGCCAAAAUGAACCCCUGGACACACAUCAGAGGUGGAAUCAGUUCCUCGUAAUUGGGAGUACAUUCAAAAGUAAAAACAGGAGAAACGUGGGAAAGUUGUUAAAUUGAUUUUCGAAAGCGUUCCCUUCGAAAUUCAAGACGUCAUUGGAACAUCUAGAAACGAAACGCAUUGGGUUUUCUUGAAGUCACGGUAAUAUUCACGUUUGGUCUUAUUGCAGUAGCAAACCAUCAUCAGGAAUGUGUACCUGCAUUCCAGGAAUCUCCACACGAAAAGGAAAGGAUUGACGAAGGAAUUCAGAAGAACGAGGACACCAAAUCUGCUUUGAAGCAUUAGAAUGGUCUUCUUCAUUGCAGAGUUCUUGUCGAAUAUAUCAAUCAUGUUCAUGACGAUCAUUGGCGUAUACAGAACCAUAAAGGUUCCUGUGAUGGCAGACAGAUUUAUGAGAAUUUUGGCCUGGUUCUUGAAAUGUCUUUGUCUGUUCAGAGAGUCUGCAGUGUGUACAGAGUUGGAUAGCUUGUACAUCUUCAUGAACAUCAAGAUGUAGAGGACAAUGUUUAGUAUCAUAGAUAUGCAGAAUAGAUAAGUUAAAAUAGUCAAUCCCGUCUUGCCUACCAUGAUGUACGAGGCACAUACUUCUAGAUCUUGGAUGUCGUAGAUACGGAACCCAUCGUGAAAAUUCACCACAGUCAACAGACAGCCGCAGACCCAGAGGGAUGCAAUGAUGAAUUGGCACGUUUUCUUCUCUAGGAAAUUGUGGUAUUUGAAGGGAAAAAACAAGGCGCAGAACCGGUCGAAUAGCAUUCCGGUAAUAUUCAGGAACGAAACCACAACUCCGAGACAGUAGAGAUACAUCAAUGGUCGACACAAACUUUCUGGUAAUAUAGGAGAAAGGCAGGAAUCUCCCAGGACCGCAACACCCGUCAAUAGGUCGGUCACAGCCAAAUUCAUCGACAGCAUUUUGAUCUGCAAACUCAUUUUCUUGGUCUGAGCUAAAAUGAAUAACGCUAACAAAUUCAUAAGCGUUAUCAAAACCCCGAGGAGAAAAGGUAGUGCAUCCUGCUGUAAGACAAACGUACUACCUUUUGUCUUGUUCAUCUCCAUGUUGGUUUGCAUUAUGAUUUGCAGAAGCCUUGGGUAAAUAUAUAUAGAGAGGAAAAUGUAGUCCUUGUCUUUGUGGGAUUGGCUAUUGUAUAUUGAUUUUUCUUUCAUAACCACAUGUAGACAAUCAUAUGAUACUUGUAUUCGUACCGGUUUUAAGGUCAUCUUUCUGUUAUGCAUUGUCACUCUCGUGCAUUGGGUAAAACUGCUAACACAUCACUCUCAAAAUUCAGAUAUCUGUGGAACUUUCUUUUUCAAGAUACUAGUGUAUGUAUAUAUUUGAUUGUUUUGGGGUUAUUCAAAAGUUCAGUUUCGAAUUCUAAUGAUUAAAUCAAUGUGGUCUGUCCGUCGGUCUCUGCCUCGCAGCCUGUUUAUUUGUUACACCUAGUUUUGCAGGAUAUAUCUAAAAGUCUUUGAGCCAAGCAAUGAAAUUUUAUAUAAUGAAGUACAAAUCCUUAUUACUCAAAAAAGACAUUUUUGAUAAGGUAAAGGACAAGUUGAAAAUAUAUAUAUUGUAGAAAAGUCCAAAUACCUAUAGUCCUAAUUGGGUUUUACUAGUAAAUAAAAAAUGAUUAAUUAUGUACAUGUUUUUAUUAACUCAUUUUAUAUGAUAUUAAAUUUUUCAAUAUUAUGGGCUAAGCACUUAAUGUAUUUUAGGUAGCUCCCGUUUUCUCUCCUUGAAGAAAGUAAAGAUACUAUAGUUAAAAGUAGUUUCUUGUAAUUUUCUUCUUGUUGGGAAGAUCGGUCUCUUCACCAUGCACGAGGAAACUUAUAACAAAUUCAAUUCUCUUUUGACAAUGGAGAAGCUGAAAUCAUCCCGUUUGUCAUAAAAUUGAGUUGUUAGUUUUGCCGUUAAUAUCUAUUUUCAAUAUUAAAAUAUCUAAGUUGGAAGCAGAAAUGGACGACUCUUAUGUCUUUUAUUUUGGGUUCAUAAGGAUAAAUCUAAUUGACAUAUGAAUGAAAAUGACUAUUGUUGAUAGGUGAAAUGUGAAGAUAACGAACAGUGAUCAAUCACAUAACUCCCAAUAGCAAUACAAAAUAUAGAAUUGGGCAAACACGGACUCCUUAAUAUACCAGAGGUGAGAUCCGUUGUCUAGGAGUAGUACGCAUCCCCUGUCGACCGGCCACACCCGCUGUGAGCCCUAUAUCUUGAUCAGGUAAACGGAGUUAUCCGUAGUCAAAAUCAGUGUGCCAAGAACAGUUUAACAACCGGUAUGAAACAAAUCAGACAGCAUCACGUCAGCGUCACGAAACACGUCUGACUCAUAAAAUGUUUCUCAUACAUUAACUUUGUUAUAUUACUGGAUGCAAUACAUUUUUAAAAUUCAUUUCAACCAUAUUAAUAUUUUGUUAGACAGCAAACAAAUCAACAGACUGUAUAGAAUAUAAACUAAUACAAAUUGGA